AUGUGUUUCUGGACUGAGAAAGAAUGGAAGAUGUGGUCUGGCAUGACUCCAGAAGGACAAUGUGCUAACCCAUAUACAUCAUACCUGGAGGAUGACAAAGGGGUGGCACUUAAUGCCAAGAAGAUAGGUAAUAUUCUCCAGACAGCACAGGAGAUCUGGCAUGAGUUUCACACCCAUGGGCUCAUCAGCAAUGACACAACCCAGUCAUUGAUGUCUCUGAUGGUGAAGAAGGCCUUCUGUUCAGAAAUCAUACAAAUGCAUCCAGAUCUCAACCUAUGUGAAGAUGUGUGGAAGAUUGUUAUGAUGAGUGGCAGGUAA